CUGACCCUAUAACCACUGAACAUUGAGCUCACUUUAUGUCCGCGGUGGUCCUGCUCGCGUGUCUGAAAAGUACCAUAAUGACUUAUGAAGAGGUCCGAAAAAAAGUUCCACAAACCUAUGGACAAAGGAUGCUUUUUACAGGUCCAGACGGAAUCGGAGAUUAUCAGACGAGAUUCAUCGAUUUCCCACAACAUAUUGGCAUUAGUCCUAUGUCGCCCGAAGCUACAAGCGAUGUGAAUUACCUGUUUCGGGCCAGCCUAAACCCUCCUCCACCUCCACUCGGGCAGAGAUGUGUCGGAGGGGUGGGAUGGGGCUUGCAAUACCACCAGCUGUUGAACAGUGAGACGCUGUUCAGCAACAUGCAAAUUAAGAGAUCUGAAAUCCGCUCUGCCCUGGAGGACAGAGUGACUCACAGAUAUCAAAACCCAUGGACUGCACCGCCACACUUUCUAGACAAGCAAUCUGCCGGAGCCAGAGGCAGACUCGCUUGGACACCCAACAUGUACGACAGUUACAGCAAGGAUGUCAACAAACUGUUUCUACUCAACAAAAGGGAUGACCUUGCCAUAAGACAUGAGUUGGUGAGAGUGUCAAAAAAACGAAAGGAGCAUGAUGCCAUAUCUGGAGAACUGACUGACUGACAAACACCUUCUUGUCAUGAAUACACAAGCUAAUCAAGUUAUGAGACUCUUUCUUAACACAUUCUUCAAGUGAUGAUAAUCCAUUCUAAAAAGGUUAUCCUCUAGAUUCUGCAGAAUCAUCGCGUUUUGUCUGGUACAUUACAUAUAGGUACCACUUAAGAUUUAUUAUUUUGUAUUCAUAUUGGUGCAUCA